UAGCGGAGCAGAUUGAGUUCCUCUCCUGCAUGCUGCUGAUCCUCCGCAACAGUGUUGCGCCUUGCCCUAACAACGAUCUCUUCCAAUUUUUGGAAAGAACCCUAACCUUCUGUUUCCAAAUCUAUGAUUCCCUCUUCAAAUUUCUUGUCUUUACCGGUUCAAAUCGUUGAAUCCUAUAUCCUAACCUAGGAUUCCUUGCUCGAUUGAUUGAGAACUCCGACCUUGUUCAUCAAUUUAUUAAAGGCGCCGACUUGACUCACUAGCGUGGGUUUUUUUGGAUUUGGUCUAAAAUCCCCCCCUUUCUGUUGUGCUUUUGCUUUCUGUAUGAAGAGAAACAUACAUUGGAAAUGUGACAAAACCGUUACUGCAGUUGGAAGGUUCUUGGUUGUAGUAUGAUUUAAGUAGCUUUUGAGUUACUGGUGCUAUUGAAUUAUGGGAAGUAGGGAGAUAGAUAAGCCACCAAAAGAGGGGAAGGAUGGGAAAGAGACACAAAUACCCACUUCGCAGGAACAGUCACCAGCUGCCACAGGCACAGUUACUGCGGACUGGUCUGGUUUUCAGCCAUACGCUCAUAUGCCUCCUCAUGGGUUCUUAGCAUCAAGUCCUCAAGCUCAUCCUUACAUGUGGGGAGUUCAGCCCAUUAUGCCACCUUAUGGUACACCUACACCCCCAUAUGUGGCUAUGUAUCCCCACAGUGGUAUAUAUGCACAUCCAUCUAUACCUGCGGGAUCUUAUCCUUUCAGUCCAUUUCCCAUGCCUUCAACUAAUGGAAUGGUUGAAGCUUCUGGUAACACACCUGGCACUGGCAGCAUAGAAGCAGAUGGAAAGUUACCGGAUGGGAAGGAAAAACUUCCGAUUAAAAGAUCGAAGGGAAGUUUAGGCAGUUUGAGUAUGAUUACGGGCAAAAACAAUGAGUCUGGUAAAGCAUCAGGACCAUCAGUAAAUGGAGUCUAUUCCAAAAGUGCUGAGAGUGGGAGUGAAGGUGGUUCAAGUGAAGGCAGUGAUACAAACUCACAAGAUGACUCUCCGUCAAAGUCAGGAGGUAAGCACGAAUCUUCUGAAGCUGAAGCAUCUCAAAAUGGUGGUGCAAUGCAUGGUCUUCAGAAUGGUGGAUCAAAGGUGCCUCUUACAAUGGUGAAUCAAACUAUGGGGAUUAUGCAAAUGCCGGCUUCAGGGGCUCCAGGUAGUCUUCAUGGCCCAACUACAAAUUUAAACAUUGGUAUGGAUUACUGGAGUUCUGCUAGUCCUUCGACUCUUCCUGGGAAGGCACCGGGUGCUCCGGUUGGUGCUGGACCACAACUUUGGCUGCAGGAUGAAAGAGAGCUCAAAAGGCAGAAAAGAAAACAGUCAAAUAGGGAAUCUGCCCGUCGAUCCAGGCUGCGAAAGCAGGCAGAAUGUGAUGAACUGGCCCAGCGCGCUGAUGCUUUAAAAGAAGAAAAUGCAUCACUUAGAUCUGAAUUGAAUCAUCUUAGAAGUGAAUAUGAUCAGCUUCUUGCCCAGAAUGCUUCUCUAAAGGAAAGGCUUGGAGAGGCAACAGGACAAGAUGACGUGAGACCGAGUAGAAAUGAUCAAAAUGAUGGAGGAGAUGAAGCAAAGGAGACAAGCCAAAGAGAAUAAUGGAAGGGUAAUUGCUCAUUAAGCUGACAGAUUAAUUAUAGUAAAUCUCUUAUCUAAUGCAAGAUCCAGAAAACAACUUUUAUUUUUUUUAAUUAUCGGGAUUAGCCUGUCUGAUAUUAGUGAUCGAACAAGCAAGCAGUCUAAAUCCAGCGGUUAUUUGUGGUUGAACACAUGUCUGUCUGACUGUUGGCCCGCUCUAAAAUGAUUUGUUAGAGCAGGGGCAUUUAGAGUGUCUUUAGAUUAAGAAAAGAGAGUGUAGAGAAUGGCUAUCUUCUUAAACUUGGUAGUGUUUUUUAUUAUUGUUUUACCAACAUGAUAGUUUUACACUGAGGAUUAAUAAACUUGGGUAUGGUAAGUUUGUAUAAUGUUAUCUGACCAGUUGUCAUUGAAUUGGUGACAUGACAACUAUUUCUAUGUAUUCCACUUUUCUUGUUGA